UUUUUUUUUUUUUUAUUUUUCUUCCUGAUCUUUUUUUUUACUUGGGCCCUUUCUCCUUCUGUUUGACGUUUAAUAUCUUUUCCAUUUCCAUUCCCAUCUCCAUCUCCAUCUCCAUCGUGUUUCAUUCCUUUGAUCUCUGUCUUUCUUCCCACCUCGUAUGGCACCGGUGGCUGUUGUCAAUCCCAGUUGUGGAUAAAUCGGCUUACAUUCCUCCUCCGAAACAGGCACCGAACAGCUCAUCGUAAGCUGAGCUGGUCUCUCUUUCUCUGUCUCUCUCCAUCUUGUUCAUCUUGGAUCGUGAACCUGAUUGAUUGACUUCUUGUCUUGCUUUCUUUUCUUUUUUUUUUAUUACUUUUUCUUUUUCUUUUUCUUUUUUUUUUUUCUUCCGACAUUAUCAUACCUGGUUCCAUCAGUCGCGGAAGAUUCAAAAAGCCUGGGAAUUACCGCAGCUUUCCUUUGGUUGAGGUGUCUAGUCAACCCAAUAACCCAUACGAUCCGAUCGCUAUCCGUGGAACCGGAGCUCCAGUCGACCCAACUUUUGACUAGGGCCAGGCGAUUCUCUCUCCAGAUCCAAACCUGUCCCUCAACGAAGAUUUGAGAAAGAACGGGCCCGUGCUUGCCUGUCGAUCCGGGCGCCCAAGACUGGGUUUAAACUCCCACCAUCGACCCUGUCCUUUGGUUCACUCCCUCCGUGAGCUUUUCCUCAACCUGUCAUCCUCUCGUCUCUACCCUCGGGAGGCUCCCUCUUUCCUGUGAGGUUAUUUGCCUCCCCCUCCCUGCCUCUUACUUUAUUUUCUUGAAUCCUUGCAGUCGUCUCGUUGCCAGUUGAUUUUCCCAUUCGCGAUUUUCUUCUUCUGUUGGUUCUCACGUUCUGGGCGGCUGCGACUACUUUGUUUCUGCUUUAUCCCCCUCUUGUCUGCCUGCACACGUGCGGAUUUCUCCCCUGGCCUUGAAAUCGGCGUGGCGUGUCUUAAGUAGCCGCGUUGCUGGGAAACCUUGAUCAGCGACGGUGUUAACUCUGAUUGCUUUUACCUCUCUGACCCCUUUCGACUAAAGUUCGAGCCCCCCUCCAAAUCAAACAAAAGAAACAAUUAUCCGCCCACGAUGGUCAACGGUACCACCACGACGUUGGAGCCGACGUAUUAUGGCUAUGUUGCAACCACGCACGACGCGCUGGUCUUGUUCGAGGCUUGUCUGACCGGCGUUUUGCACCAUGUGCCCCGUCGGCCUCAUGAUCGGGAACGCGCCAGCCUGGUUCGCAGCGGGACCGUCUUCAUCUACGAGGAAAACUCGUCGGGCAUCAAGCGAUGGACGGACGGUGUCACCUGGAGUCCUAGUCGAAUCCUGGGCAAUUUCCUCGUCUACCGAGAGCUCGAAAAGCCCUUUCCGCCGGGCGAGAAGAAGCGCGCGAUGAAGAAAUCCAGUCGACGCCCAACGAGACCGGGAGAGCCCUAUCCACGACCUGAGAGUAGCGCGCAAGGCUACUCUCCCGGUCCGUCGACCGGCCCGUAUGGGGAACGCACGCAGCAUGGUGACAUGGAACGCGCAUUGGUCGGCUCUCUGGUAGACUCAUACGGCUUCAAGGACUCCGGUUUGGUGAAAAAGACGAUGAGCGUGACCGUUUCGGGAGUGACGCAUCAUUUGGUUUCAUAUUACAGUAUGGAGGAUGUGAUGCGAGCGAGUUUGAACCCGCCGUCUAACUGCCCUGAGCUACGCUAUAUCCGACCCCGUAUGGAGCUGACUCAGAAGCAAAGCUUUCGGGCUCCUAUCGACGAUCUGGAAUCGGGAACGCUGGAGAACCCGAACGAUCCGUCUCAUGCUUUGUAUGGCUAUCGUCCUCAGCUGGUGGCGCCUCCAGGAUACGGCAUCCCAAACCCUCACCCGGAUUUCUACAUGCACCCGGCAUCGUACACUGCCACGCAUCCGCCACAGUCGGCACCUAUCACUGGAUAUUCCAUGGUAGCAUCAGUCCCCGGAGUACAGGCCCCCAAUUCGUAUCUCCCUACGCCCACGCCCCCUACUCAGAUUCCGCAUAAGCCGGACGACUACCCGCACUUUCGGGCUCCAACGCAAUAUAGCACUGGAUUUGAUGCCCUCGGUCAGAAUCCACUGUCUUCAUCGAUCCCCUCAGCACUCAAUACGACCAUGUCGAGCUCUUUGAGUGACCGGAAUCGCUCGCAGUCGGAUCACAGUCCAUCGGCCUAUCGAUCCUCGAUUUCUUCUCGAAGCGUUGCAACCGAUGCAACUUCGCCAAUUGAUCCUUCGACUCCUGGUACUUAUUCACGCGGCGGUAGUUUCAGCCUGGCAGGUCAACUGGAUGCCUCGUCUCAUCCUUCCGUGGACUCUCGCAGCAUGGCCGCGUUUGACCCCAGCAUCCCUCGUCGGGAGUCGAACCCAAUUCCCAAUCCUUAUUACGGCGCGAGUGACCGGAGUCAGUAUUACAUGAACACCACUGCUCCGGCUGCUCAUGCUCCUUAUCCAGUCUCUGCCUGGACUACGGCGGCUCCGGCUCAGCCACAAGUAUAAAAUACCCUUUUUCUUUUCUUUUCUUUUCUUUUCUUUUUUUUUUUUUUUUUGAUCUGUGUCUCUUCUCUCUCUUUUCGUUCCAUUUGACUCGCUCGUUUACUUCGCUUCGUUUCUCACAUACGUUUUCAAUCUUCGAAAGGGCGGCAAUACGGGAAAUAGACUAUACAUACAUUCUGUGGAUGAUUAUUCGAUGCAAUCUUGCUCUUAGAGGAGAUGUUGGUGGCUUUCUCUGUUUGUUGCAACACGACCUUCUUUUGUGUUCUCAACGAUGAUACGAUGAUCCCCCCAACAUCUACCCCUGCAGUCGUCCUUUUUUUCACUUCUUUUUCAUCACCAUCCUAUUCCGGUUUUAUUUCUUAUGGGAACGAUUUUUCUUUCGUGCGUGUCGCUUUAAUGUGAUUAUGAGCAAUGGGUCGGUUUGGGUGGCACGGUCUGGGGCGGCUAUCUGAUUUAUUUUUAUUGUUGUCGCUAUUGGUUCUGCUUUCUGCUUUCGAGUCUGCAAACUUCAUAUCCUACGUUUGUUAAAUAAGGGAGGAAAGCCGUGGACUUUGGUCUGGGAUACCCAUCAGGAAAGUUGAUGUCGUUUAGGUCCAUCGGCCUUGGUUUGAUGCGAGUUUUAUGGUCGGCCUUUUCUUUUUUCAUCGUUCCUUGUUUUGUGUGUGUGUGGACCUUGCUUUACUUGCUUUGCUUUGCUCUCUGGCCCUCUUCAUUUCAUUCGUUCUAUUACCACUCUCUUCGGCUCUGGCUUUAUGCGUUUUGCUUCUAUUCUCUUGUUUUCAGCGAGGGAGCUGGUGACAAGGUAUCAGUCUCGUCUUUAACUGGCUGGUAUUGGUAGUUUCGCUAGUUCUACAUGAUCAAUUGCACGAUCGGGUUUCAAUCUUCGGUAUGGUAUAUGCGACCGGUGUAGUUCACAUUUUCUUCGUUUGACCCUUCUAUGACCUUUCUAUCUGUGAAGAUGUCACCGUAACUUGUAGAACCAUCCGUUGGGGUUGUGGUGGAGCUGGUCCCGACUGGUGAUGAAUACUACCU